CCCUGUACCAUUAUAAAGUGAGAAGAAGCAGAGCUGGGUGUGUGCUGCUCAUCCUGUCACAGAGAUGGAGUCUAUUCUGAACAGCACCGAGGAGGCUAUGGGGGAGGAUUAUUACACUCUGCUGGGCUGUGAUGAGCUCUCCACGGUUGAACAAAUUAUCGCAGAAUAUAAAGUCAGAGCCCUUGAGUGCCAUCCCGACAAACAUCCCAGCAAUCAAAAAGCAGUGGAAGAGUUUCAGAAACUUCAACAGGCCAAAGAGACCCUAACCAACGAGGAGAGUCGCGCACAUUAUGACUAUUGGAGACGGAGUAAACUGAUGAUUCCAUUUGCACAAUGGGAUGCUUUGAACGAUUCAAUAAAAAUGUCAAUGCACUGGGCUGUAAACAACAAGAAGGAAGCAAUGCUGGAAGCACCAGAUAAAUCUUCAAGUGAAACACAUGAUGACAUUUCAUUUAACUCAGAAGAAAAGAAAAAGCAGAUCAGUGAAGGAAACGAGGAUCACACGUUGAAGAAAACGCCAGAACAUAUUGAUAAGCUGUCACCUAAAAGUCCUGAAGGAGGUCCUGACGCGGCUUACACUCUCCUGCGAUUCCGCUGGUCAGCCGAGGCUCCCUCAGACCUCCUGCGAAAAUUCAGAAAUUAUGAAAUCUAGACCUCCUCUCCUGAAGUAUGAAAUGGUCUAUCCUCUAUAAUAUAUAUGGAAAUAUUAUAUUCAAUGUAUUUUAUUUUACAGCUACCUAAAGACUAUGUUCACAUCAAGUUUAUGGCUUCUGCUUAAUGUAUAUGCAGGAACACACACAUUAAACUGAUGUAUGUGAGGGAUGCCAUACAAUGGCAAUCGUCACCCAUAUGGUUAAAGGGGUUGCAUAGCCUUCUUCAGGAAAGGCCAUCACUAUCUGAUCGGUCGGGGUCUGACACAAGGUUAGUGGUAUUAUGAAGUUCUGGCACCAACUUCCACCCAAAAAGCUGAUCCACAAGGCUGUGGGGUGUCGGACAAUCAACUGGUGAUUGCCUGUCCUGAGGAUAGGCCAUCACUUAGUAAAGGCUGGACAACCCCUUUAAUAAUAUUUUACUGGUUACUAAUGUAUGGUAUAGUGUCGUCUAUUACGCUUUUCCAAAUUUUUCUUCACAUAUACCAGCCAGGUGGAGGUCAAAGGACAAUCUGUUGGCCUUCAUCUGGCUGAUGUAACUCUAUGGCCACGUUUAGCAUGUACUGUGGCAGUUUUCUUCGCAUACACGCUAAAUGUACAUCAGAAAUGUGAUGCAAUUAUGGCCUAAAAUAGAAGCUCUAUAAUCUGUUGUAUUUUUAAACACAUGAAAAAACAUUUAAAAGCAUGUACAAGUGCAUAGAAUUGUCUGUCAAGUGCACUCAUAAGGUCCAGUCUGCAUCUGGGUGUUUUUGGCCUGGGCUACACAGAAACUUUUUGUAGCACUUUUGGUCGAUUUUUAACUAUGGAGUGACAGCGGCAGGCCACAAGAUUGCAGCUCAACAUAUUGGACUGCAGCUUUAGUUUGGCUUUUUGUUGCACUACAGUAAGGGUACUUUCACACUAGCGUUAUUCUUUUCCGGCACUGAGUUUCGUCAUAGGGGCUCAAUACUGGAAAAGAACCGAUCAGUUUUAUCCCCAUGCAUUCUGAGAAAUCCGUUCAGGAUGC